AUGCGCACCGUAGACCCAGAAAAGUGGUACAAAACUGUCAUCAAACCGAAGAGUAUCUUAGGAUUCUUCACGUGCAGCCCCAAUCCACAGGCAUUCGAAUCUCUCCUGAGAGACAGCUUCGUGGAUGCUAUGAAAGAGUUCUGGGCGAAUAGUUUUAUCGCUAGCCUCAGGUACUUCCAAAUUUCGGGCAACAAUAAGUUGAUUCGGAAUCUUUACAAUUUUAUCUUGGCUGCCUCAUUGAUUUGCGCCGUAACAAUCACGGCAGUAGACUUCAUAGUGACGUCGGACUCACCACCGGUUACCAUCAGCCAACUCUACUCACCGCAAUCCCUCAAGCACAUAGACUUCCCUGCAGUGGGGAUCUGCAGCUACAAUGUAGUAAGCCGCACAGCUCUGCGCGAAUACUCCACCUAUUUGCCUGUCGACGUGGAUGUCCGCUUUACUAAGUUCCUGGCGGAGGUGGGCGAAGAAGGGAAUAUCACCGAGAUCAUGCUGAAGCUUUCGCCGCGCUGCGCGUCGAUGCUGGUACGAUGCACUUGGCGCUUCCAAGUGGUACCAUGCGAACAGCUGUUUGCUGUGCGCCUCACCCGUUAUGGUUUCUGCUGUGCCUUCAAUUCGCGAUACCAAUUAGAAGAUCGCAACACUCCUCCAAAGAGAGUAGACGCGGUGGGGGAGGAAUCCGGCCUGGGAGUGGUGGUUAGAGAGAACACCGACGACGUAGCCUAUGUGCGGAGGGCUUUAAAUGGUAUUGAGGUGCUGAUCUGGGCGGGUAACGAGUUCCCAGUGACGGGAGGAGGAGUGGUAACAUCGCUGCCGGCAAACCAUAAUUCAUCCGUCUUCAUCAGGUUGAGGGCGCGAGUACAACAUGCUGACCAAAGUUUGCACUACGUCAACGAGAACUGGGUA